AUGACACCUCCCAAGAUUGAAGAACUUCCAGACGAAGAACCAAACGUAGUAGGGCCACCUAAGAAGAACCCGUUUGCAUUGCGCCCUAAAAAGACAACUAUUCAAAGAUCUGUUGAUGAGGUGUACCCAUUACGAAAAGGUCUCAAUAAACCUGAGAUCAAGAGCACCAAACCAAUCGAUUUGUUAUUUGAAAAAUUGGAGAAUAUGUUAGACUUGGACUAUGAUCAAUUGACUAUAGAUGUUUUGUACGAACGUUUGUUUAAAGAUAAACCAGAGCCUGAUAGUUUAACAAAACGGUAUGAAGUUACUGAGCAAUUGUUGGAUUAUUUGCUUGAGAUACAGCAAUUGUCUAUGAAUUCCAUUAAACACGACGAUAAAAAUCUUAUGGCUAUUUCGUUGCACGACCUCAAGACAUUUAGCAAGUUACUCAACGUCAUCAUCAUACAUGGCGUGUACCCCCCUUUGAAUAUACUCCGCAUAGGCAUACAAUUUGAGAAAAGGCAACUAAAGAAUUUUUCAAACAACAAGAAUUUGAUCAAGAUUGACAAGUUGCCUCUGGCUGAUUUUACGUAUUUGGAGAAGCUUUUGACUUUAAUUUAUACAAAACUUUUACAGGUUCUACUGAUAAAAUCUGAUGUAGCCAGCUUAUUAUUGAAGGGGACAGGUUACACUGAUUUUUUGGUUGUCGCAAUAACAUUAAUUGUAAUUCCUCAGUUUGACUCUAGUGGUAUUGACUUUGCCAAAAUUGAAAACAUAGCAUCGACGUUUGAGUUAUACCAGACAUAUUCGUUGUUGUUAACUACACCAUCUCAAGCUAUUUUCAAAAAGUUUAUAAUGUCGCAUUUAGGAUCACUUCACUAUUCAAGACCAGAUGGUAUGCUAACACUAAUUGAGUUUGUUCUUGGUUUGCGAGAUCAAGAGGAAAUAAACAUUGAAAAGUUUGAAAAUGUCGCAAAUGUUGUAUUGCAAAAACCAGCCAACAUCGACACCAAGAGUUAUUUCACGUCAAUUGGGAAUCAAAUGUAUGAUUUGUUGAUUAAUAUUAACCGACCAACUGUUACUUCGUGUGUGGCUUAUGUUUUGGAAAAAUUAUGGCUGAGAAACAAAUUGGUGGUUAGGGACUUUGUUUUGAAAAGAAUAUGGGAUAAUUUCAAUCCUCCUCCAAGAGGUGAAGGCAUAUUAGUGACUGAAGCUCAGUUGAAUAACAAUAUUAAUGUGAUAUUAUCAUUAACCAAAAAGGGGUUGGAACCUGAUUUAUACCAAGCUGUCAUUCAACCUAUAUUACUACCACUUUGGGCGUACUAUCUAUUUUUGAAACAAAAUGGUAAAGAUGUUGGGAUUGUAUUGAAUUUUAUGACCAGCUACUUUACACUAAUGAAGGAUUUUGGGGAUCUGGGAUUGCUAGAUAUAGCCAAGAAUCUACUUUAUAAGCAUGGAGAAAACUGGAAAUAUGAGAUUGGAGAUAACGACUUGACCCAAAUAGUAGUAAGAAAGCCCGAGUUUUUAUCCCAGAGCAAAGAGUCCCAGAUCAAUAAAUUCUUGAAUGAUUUGGAUUUUGCAUGUGAAUCGUUUGUUAAGGUAUUGGAGGAGUUGGAUGAUAGUUUAAUUCAACAACUUUUUGUAAAAAUCUUGAACAAUUGGUUAAACAACGACACCCAGGUUUUGGGAGAUGAUGAGAGAGAUCCAUUUUUAAUGCUUCUUGAUUUACGUUUAUUGGAAAAGAUAGGUGAGAAGUUUAAAGAGAAUUUGGCAACUAACCCAACUGAUAUGUUGGAAUUGGUACAGAGUUUUCUCAGCUCUUAUAAGCCAAAUAGCCCGGGAAACAAAGAAGCUGAUGAUGAUUCCGACGACGAAAUAGAUGAAGAGGGGCUGGAGUUCAAUCUGGAUCAAACUAUAACUAUUCUUCUCCAGUUAUUGUCAGCCAUUAUUUCUGAAAACGAUAUUAUCAUUGAUGACAAAAGUUCUGAAUUAUUGUCAAACAUCAAAAAAAUACUAUCCAACUUGAAUUCCAAGUUUCAAUCUGGCUCACUUAAAAGUUCAGCAAAUGCAUUAUGCACAAGAAUUGAGAAUUUGCUAUCCAACAAUAGUGAUACACUUCCUGUGAACGAAUCAGAAGCCCAGAAACAAAUCUUGCAGCGGGCAAUAACCAAUUUAAAUGACCCAUUAGUGCCUAUUAGAGCCCAUGGAUUAUACUUGUUGAGACAAUUAAUUGAAAUGAAAAGCUCAGUAAUUACAUUGGAUUUUGCGAUAAAUUUGCAUCUCGUCCAAUUAAAAGACCCCGAACCAUUUAUAUAUCUCAAUGUGAUCAAGGGACUUGAAACUUUAAUUGAAUGGAACGAACCACUAGUUUUGCACAAUUUGUGCAGAUUGUAUUUACAGGAUGAUGUUGAGUUGGACGAAAAAUUAAGAAUUGGAGAAGUGAUUCUUCGCUAUAUCCAAAGGGCAGGACAAAAAUUCACCGGAGAUUCUGCUAGAUUGAUUGUAGAGAUGACAUUAGCAGUGAUUAGAAGAGCGGGCAAUAAUAGAAAAGACGACAGAUUGAGAAUGUCGAGUAUGUCACUUUUGGGGACAUGUUGCAAAGUCAACCCGUUGGGAAUGAUUGAUAGUUUGGGCUACGCGUUGGAUGCAAGUAUAGGUAUUUUAGAGCUAGAAACCGACAAGGAUCAAGCUAUAAUAAGACGUGCAGCCAUUAUGUUGAUAUAUGACUUGAUACUAGGAACAUCAGAGACUGACAAAGUUGAGUUCCCUCAGCAUUACAAGAGCAAAGUUAUAACAGUAUUGAAGUAUAUCGCUGAAACAGAUAACGAUUUAUUAGUCAGAGAACAGGCACAAAAAGUGUUGGCAACAGUUGAAGAGUUGAUUGAAUUAGCCAUGGAAUUAUAUAAAGAGGAAAAUCAGAUAUAG